AUGCGGGCUGAAACAUUUCGGUUUUCCUCUGUGAUAUUCUUCUUUUCCUUACAGUCACUAGGAACUGACUAUUCAGCCGAUUUUGAAUUUUAUGACGACAGUAGUGGACAAAAAACAGCGACACCUAGUGAAACUAAUUCGCAUCAGGGUCACCAACCAGGAUGCCAGUACUGGGAUUCUAAUUUUCCAAGUUUGCUCGGUAGCCUCGGAGUGGAAGCCAAACUUCCGAAAGUUAGAAGAAUCCGGCCAAUGAAGAGACAGAUUUCGGGUUCAACGUCACAAAAGACACCAAGAGAAUCAUCUAAAGCAAGUACAAAGAAUUCCUCCCCUGAAGAACCCUGGAGAAGAAACGAGGCCAGAUGGUUGAAGGUAGAAAAUAUUGUAAGAGAGAAGAUGGAACAAUUUGAUGAUUAUUGUACACAGCUUGUGUUACACAAUGAAGCCAAACGUGCAGAAAAUGAGAGGAACGCCCAUCAACUAUACAACAAACUCUGGCUGGAGGAGGAAAAGAGAAGGAAGGCUGUUGUGAAGGGCUCUACCUAUGACAGAAUUUGGAGGCACCAUGCCCUGAUGAGACAAAGGGGGGAGGACGAAUGGAGGAGAAAAAUGGCGAGGAAUAAUCAGCUGCAGUACGAUUCUGUGGAUGUGUCUUUUGAUGAAGAGGCUCUUAAAUGAUUGGAGGGAGUUACUUUUUUUCUCUUUUUUUGCUUCAACACACAUCAAAAUCACAGGAAAAAGGAGAAAAAGGCAGAGGGACAAACAUUUAGAAUCGAUGGAACCUUUUUUUGC